AUGGCCGCCGCACCAUUGGCCACGGUACCAAAUGGUGUACCACAGGAGAAUGGCGCACCACCAGCCGAUGUGAUACCGCUCAAGGUUUAUAUCGCUUCAAUUACUGCUAAUCCAGAGGUAAGAUUUUUAAAAUUUUGGAAAUUUUUUUACUUUUUUAAAUUAAAAAAAUUUUUUUUUCAAUUUGAAAAUCGAUUUUUUUUUAUUUUAAAAUUUUUUUUCUAAAAGGAUAGGUAAUAUUAGGUCGUUCAACUAAUUCUGCGCCCCCUAAUUCCCAAAAAAAAUUGUUUCGAGAAAGGGAACAGAAUUAUUUGAACAACCUAGUAAAUAUUAUAAAUUCUUAAAAGAAAAGGUAAUAAAAAACAUGAAAAAAGAAGAAUUCAUGACCAAAGUUUAAAAUUUUAGAUUAGAAAGAAUAUGCAAAAGGCAAUAAUGGUCCUAGAAGGCAUGGGUGUACCAUACCGAGCAGUUGACGUUACGAGGCCAGAAAAUGAAGCCGAACGAGAGUUUAUGAGAGUAAAAGCCAUGAAACCUAAUCAAAUGGGACCAGUCCUGCCUCCACAGUUCUUCUUCAACGAUGAGUACUUGGGGGUAGGUUUUAUUUUAUCAUAGUAUUAUAGCAACUAAAUAGUAGGCGAAUAAUUUUGAUGUGGUUAUUCUUGAGGAGUAAGGGCGGGGUCAAAGGUCUUAAGCAGAGUUUUGCUUUUUGGGUCCGGUCCGGACGGUCCGCAUUUUUGAAUUUAUUUCCCGCCAAACCCAUACCUCGUAAACUGUCAUAUACAGGGUUUUGCCGGACCGGACGGACCGAAAUAAAAAUUUUGGGUUUGGACCCAACCGGACUCAAAAAUUUAAAGUUUGGAUCGGACCGGACCCAAAAAUUUGAAGUUUGGACCGGGCCCGAAAAUCGCGAAACCCGACCGUUGAAAAACGCUCCGGACCGGCCCGGGCAAAACACUGGGUGGGGUCAGAGCUCACAAGUUUCUUCGAGUUAUCUCCGGGUUCAGAACCGUGCCGGGAAUUUAUAAAAAGGUGGAGCUAGAGGUGAAACUUAAAAACUAAAAAAAAUUCAAAUUUGGAAACUCUGGGUGAGGUAAUUUUUUUUUGAAAAAAAACUUUUAAUUUUAAAAUUUCAGAAUUUCGAUGAUUUUGAAUUUUCCGUUGAAUGCAAUGUUAUGGAAGAAUGGCUUAGGUUAAUUCCGCCAGCGGUAAGUUAAAACUUUUUUUUUCAAUUUUUAAUUUUUUUGAAAUUAUUAAGUUUAAAUAAUUUUUUAUCUUUUUACAGCCGCCAAAAGUCGAAAAACCGCCGCCGAAGCCAGAAGAAGAUCUUGAGGUAAGUUUACAACCUAUCGUUUAUAGUAUUCGCCUAUCUUUUGUAGUUAUUGAGUAUAAAAAGCCUAUGUUUUACAGUUACUAAACCUAAUACUACUUUAAAACUUUACAAAAACCUACAAAAUAAAAAAUAUUUUUUGUGCCAUUACUUAUUUACCCUUAUUCAGGACGAAGAAGACUAUGAAGACGAAGACUACGAAGAUGAAGACUGGGAAUACGAAGACGAAUGGGAAGAUGAAGAAGAAGACGAGGAAGGUGAAGAUGAAGUUGAAGUGAAGCCCAAGAAAGCCAAACUUGAUGAGAAAGAAGAGAAAAAGAGUGCUGAUAAGGCUAAAACUGAUAAGGCUAAAAGUACGUCUGAUAAGGCGAAAUCGACCGAAAAAUCGACUGAUAAGACAAAGUCUUCUACUGAUAAGGCAAAAACUAGUAGUGCUAAGGCUAAAACUAGUACUGAUAAGGCUAAAACUAGUACUGAUAAAACAAAGACUAGUACUGAUAAAGCCAAAUCUAGUACUGAUAAGGCAAAAACUAGUACUGAUAAGACUAAGACUAGUACUGAUAAGACUAAAACUAGUGCUGAUAAAGCUAAAACUACUGCUGAGAAGGCUAGCGCAGAUAAGACCAAGUCUAGUACUGACAAAACUAAAACUAGUAGUACUGACAAGACGAAGACCAGUAGUACCGACAAUACCAAGUCGUCAUCUGACAAAACUAAAUCAUCUUCAGAUAAGACCAAAUCAAGCUCAGAUAAGACUAAAACGUCUAGUACAGCAGAAAAGAAGACCAGUUCAAGUACUGAUAAGAAGGCUAGCUUAAGCACUGAUAAAAAAUCUUCAUCUGACGACAAAAAGAAAACUAGUACCAGUACAGAAAAGAAGACUAGUUCAACAACUGAAAAGAAAACUUCAUCAAGUACUGACAAAAAACCAUAUAGUACUGAAAAGAAACCGUCGUCCAGCACGGAGAAGAAGCCAAGCUCAAAUACUGACAAAAAACCCUCGUCUAAUACUGAAAAGAAGCCCAGUACUGAGAAAAAGCCAAGUUCUACUGAGAAAAAACCAUCAUCGACCGACAAAACUAAAACUGCUGAAAAGAAAUCAACUGAUAAGACAGCUGAAAAGAAACCUUCGAGCAAAGACAAGGUUGAAAAGACUGACGAAGAAAAGAAGAAAGAUGAAGAAGCCAAGAAAAAGAAAGAAGCCGAAGCCAAAAAGAAAAAGGAAGAAGAAGAAAAGAAAAAAAAGGAAGAAGAAGCAAAGAAGAAAGAAGCAGAAGAAAAAGAAGAAAAAAAGAAGAAGAAGCUAAAAAGAAAGGCGAACAAGCAAAGAAGGAUGAAGAACUUGAAGACGAAGAAGAAUAUGAAGACGAAGAAUGGGAAGACGAAGAUGAAGACGAUGAAGUGGCUGCUGCAAUGCGUGCUAUUGCUGAGAAGAAGAGGAAAGAACAAGAAAGAAUGA